UUGGACAAUCGCUAUCGAUAUAUCUUGCUUGGAUUUGUUAUCGAUAUUUGAUAGCACGUGUUGGCAGUCGCAUUUUACGAAUUGUAUCUUUGUUAAUUUUACAAAAUUAUAUUUAAAACAACGUGGAAUAAAAGCAAUUUUAAAUAAAAAUGGCUAUGCUGGCUGAACCACGACGGCGCAAAAGGUACAAUUUGUGUCCGCGUGGCAAGGCUCUCUAUGAAGAUGAAAAUCGUUUCGGUACCAAAAUGCUGGAGAAGAUGGGCUGGACGAAGGGCAGUGGCUUGGGCGCCAAUCUGAGCGGCGAAAAGGAUUUUGUGCGCAUUCGCUUCAAGAACGACGCAGAAGGAUUGGGUUUCGAGCAGCGAGAUGACCAGUGGACUGUUCACGAGGAUGGAUUCAAUGGACUGCUAAAGGCGCUAAAUGGCGAUGAUAGCGGUGCUAAUGAUAAAGAGCCGGAAUCCGAAGAGGAAGCCAGGCCAAUGGGUUUUGGCUUUAAAGCCGUAGAACCGGAGGAGCCCUCAAAGAAGAAACUCAAGGAGAACACCAGUGGAAUGUCGCUGGAGGAACGCUCAAAACAGAGCAGGGCUCGAGUACACUACAAGAAGUUCACUCGAGGCAAAGACCUGGCCCAGUACAGCGAAAAGGAUCUAGCCAAUAUAUUCGGCAAAAAGCCAACGGAGGAUGUCGAGAGAUAUCCAGAACCCGUACUUGUUGUGCAACCCGAGGAACAAAAAGAGGAAAAUCCCAACUUCGCUGGCGUGCAAACAAUUAUCACUGGCCUGUCGACUACUGAUUAUUUUAAGCAGAAAAUGGAGGCCAUGAAAAAUAGACUAAAGAAAGGGGCUAGCUCUCAAGUUGAAGACAGUAAUGAGCCACAGACCAAUGGACAUGAUGAGAAGCUCGAACAGACUUCAGCAGAGAACGAUGAAUUGCAUACCAAGAAAAAGAAAAAAAAGAAGGACAAGGAAAGAACAGAAGAGUCACCAACUGCAGUGGAAGAACUAGAGCAAGUUGCUCCCAAGCCUAAGAAAAAGAAGAAAUCAAAGCACUCGUCUCCGGACGAAACUGAAAGCGUUGAAAAAACUGACGAGCCACCAACUGCGGUAGAAGAAAUAGAGCAGGAUGCUCCCAAACUUAAGAAAAAGAAGAAAUCAAAGCAAUCAUCUCAGGAUGAAACGGAGCAAUCGAGGAACAACUUCGCUGAGGAGAAAUUAGUUAAGAGCGAAGAAGGGACUGAUGAAUCACCAAUUGCAGAGGAAAAAAUGGAGCAGGGCGCUCCAGAAAUUAAGAAAAAGAAGAAAUCAAAGAAAGAGUCCCUAGAUGAAACUGAGAAAUCUGACAAUAUCUGUGUUGAGUUGGAGGAAAUCACUGAACAAAGUGAACACACUUCCUCAAAAAGGAAGAAGUCUAAAAAAAAGGAGGAAGCAGCAGAAGAAAUACAAAUUAAUGAACAAGCCGAAGAAAGUGACAAAAAAAAGAAAAGGAAGAAAGAUAAAAACAAAGAAAUUUCAGAAGAUUUGUUAGAAGAACCAGCUGCGAAAAAAAAGAAAAAGUCGAAGAAAACCGAAGAAGUAAUUAUAAUUGAUGAUGUCUUACGCGGGAAUAAUGAAUCGGAAGCUGCGAAUGAAAAUGCUAGCAAAAAGAAAAUUAAAUCUAAUAGCACUGAAGAAGCCAGCCAAAGGCGGGAAGAAAUUACUAUAGAUUUGACAGACGAAGCUCCUACUAAAAAGAAAAAAAAGUCCAACGAGGAGAAGAGAAGCAAGGAUACCGAUGAGAAAGAUUCAGUAGAAACACCUCCAACCACUGAAGAAGCCACUGAAAAAAAAACCAAAAAUAAAAGAAAAUCAAAUGCCUCCAAGGAGCCCUUGGCUAAGCUGGAGAUUAGCUCACUUGCGCUCGCCGUGCAGGCGGCUGUCGGAAAUUCCAAGGACUCUGGAGGAGAAGAUGGGGACGACGUAAGUGCUGAGAAUAAUAUGUCCGGCGAUAAAAGCGUUGAGUCAGCCGAUGAAGUCCUGCCUAAAAACCUCUUAUCCCUGGAAGAGAUCCACGAAAAACUAAAAUCAUUUAAUUAUUUUAAUAUCUCUAAAUUCUGUGCAGACCAAUUCUACUUAUUUGACAUGAGCGCAUUUAACAACUCGACGCUUGGCGAGAUCGCGGGCUACGGAAUGAGCGAAAACGUCGAGCUGAAUGUGGUGAAUUGUCUUAGCGAUGAAAAGCGCAUCCGUAACCUUUGGAAAAAUAAAGCCGUUGAGAAUUUUAAAAGUGAAAAGCAUAUAAAAUAUCCGGUAAGAGUGCAAAAAACUAGCAUUCGAGCGGUAAAGAAGAGAACGGCAUUUCAAGGAAUUUAGUUGUAGCAAACGAAAUAU